GUGCCUGUCCGUAAGCGGCGUAAGGAUCCGUCCUGGGCUGGUUAUGAGCGGGAUGCGAUGGUGCGGGCUGGCCAUAUGGUUGGCCGACGACGGGUGAUUUGAAUACGAAGGCUGAGCGUAACCUUCAGAUGGACCAUAAUGUUGCCGGGAGGCAUGAGUCUGGGAAUCUUGAUAGGCUACUAAAGACGCGUCAGGUUUUCUUGAUACCUUUGGCUCUCGAACAAGAGGACUACCUCCACUCCCAUGCCGCUGGGAGCCAUCCUUUUCCGCUCUCCAACGCUGCGAAUCCAACCUCAAAUCUUGGAUCAUUUGAGAGGUAAGUGUGCGAUAGGCUGUUAUCCAAUAGCCUGGGCGACCCUUUGCGGACGUUAGCAUGCAUGUUCCGGGCACGGUUUUGAGGGCGUCAAGAGGAAGAGGGAGAGAGAGAGCGGCUGACCUCGUGAUCGCCAGUGCCAGCGCCGGGCCUGACGAGAGCGUCUGGUCCCAGAUAGCGCUGAAUGUCGGCAGUGAUGACCUCGCGAGCGAUGCCCUCGCCGGGGACGAACCACUGGUUAGACCGCGACAUGAUGGGGGGGUUUUCUAGAGGGUGCUCCAGGCUCCAAAUAUUGGACCAAGACCAGAACCGUCGGGGCGGAAAAGAGAAUGCAGGCUCCCGCGGUGGACCGAGGGUAGGCUUGUUGGGCUUUUUCUGGGACCAGGACUGAAGCAGAGGCAAGGCAAACGGGCUGGAGCGGGGGAGCGGUUGAACCAAUAUACGGCACUUGAGAUGUAGAGUGGGCUGGGCUAGAGAGGCGUGAUGAGCUGCGUGGCGGCGGCGACCUGUUUGGGCAGAUUGGAUUGGGGGGUAGGUAUGUGAUCCUUGCGGGUUCCUGAGCGCGAUGUUGGUCUCGUGGGGAUGGAUCCUAAAGGGAAUGUUUCUCCAACGGGCGGUGGGACGGAUUUGUCCUCUGGUCACUUGGGGAUGAUUCCUAU